GAGCAGGGGCAGACUGACCAUUUGGAAACUCGGGCACUGCCCGAGGGCCCAGGGUCAGUAGGGGGCCCCAUGAGAUGCCCUGGUACCUUUUUCAUAGGCUUUUUUGAGUUUGGGCAAGGACACAGGAGCCCCAUGAUCCCCUAUUGCCCGGGGGCCCCAUGAGUUGUCAGUCCGCCCCUGAGUUCCUACAUACUAUUUCUCCUUCCAUUCUCGAUAGGUGUUGGAGAUGUGACUCGGCGGGCCCGGGGUCAGUAGGGGGCCCCAUGAGAUGCCCCUGGUACCUUUUUCAUAGGCUUUUUUGAGUUUGGGCAAGGACACAGGGGCCCCAUGAUCCCUAUUGCCCAGGGGCCCCAU